GGGAAGCGAGCGGGGCGGCGGGCAGCACGGGUGCGGCGGCGGCGGCGGCGGCGGCGGCGGAGGGCCCCGCGCGCUGGGAGGAUGCCCGCGGCGCCCGCGCGACCAUGCAAUGGCGAGCGCUCGUCCUGGGGCUGCUGCUCCUGCGGCUCGGCCUCCACGGCGCGCUGUGGCUCGUCUUCGGGCUGGGGCCCAGCAUGGGCUUCUACCAGCGCUUCCCGCUCAGCUUCGGCUUCCAGCGCCUGAUGGGCCCCGACGGCCCCGCGCCCACCGCCCCGGGACCUGCUGACCAGCCCGGGGCUCCGGCGGGGCCGUCGUGGCUGCAGCCGCCGGGACCCGGGGCGGCGGCGGCGGGGCGGCGGCGGGCUCCGCGGCGGCCCCGGCCGGGCGUGUGCGGCCCGGCGCACUGGGGCGACGUGCUGGGCGGCCGGGGCCGCGGCCCGGACGAGUACGAGCGGCGCUACAGCGGCGCCUUCCCCCCGCAGCUGCGCGCCCAGAUGCGCGACCUGGCGCGGGGCAUGUUCGUCUUCGGCUACGACAACUACAUGGCGCACGCCUUCCCGCAGGACGAGCUCAACCCCAUCGACUGCGGGGGCCGCGGGCCGGACCGCGGGGACCCCUCCAACCUGAACAUCAAUGACGUCCUGGGCAAUUACUCACUGACACUUGUGGACGCGCUGGACACGCUGGCGAUCAUGGGAAACGCAUCCGAGUUCCAGAAGGCGGUCAAGUUGGUGAUCAACACGGUGUCGUUUGACAAAGAUUCCACCGUGCAGGUCUUCGAGGCCACGAUCAGGGUCCUGGGCAGCCUCCUGUCCGCCCACAGGAUCAUCACGGACUCCAAGCAGCCCUUCGGCGACAUGACCAUUAAGGACUACGACAACGAGCUGCUGCACAUGGCUCACGACCUGGCCGUGCGGCUCCUGCCCGCCUUCGAAAACACCAAGACGGGCAUCCCCUAUCCCCGGGUGAACCUAAAGACGGGGGUGCCCCCCGACAGCAAUAACGAGACGUGCACGGCCGGCGCCGGGUCCCUGCUGGUGGAGUUCGGGAUGCUGAGCCGGCUGCUGGGGGACUCCACCUUCGAGUGGGUGGCCCGCCGCGCGGUGAAGGCCCUGUGGAGCCUCCGGAGCAGCGGCACGGGGCUGCUAGGCAACGUCGUCAACAUUCAGACGGGCCACUGGGUGGGGAAGCAGAGCGGCCUGGGCGCCGGGCUGGACUCCUUCUACGAGUACCUCCUCAAGGCCUACAUCCUCUUCGGCGAGAAGGAGGACCUGGACAUGUUCAACGCCGCCUACCACAGCAUCCAGAGCUACCUGCGCCGGGGCCGGGAAGCCUGCAACGAGGGCGAAGGGGACCCCCCGCUGUACGUCAACGUGGACAUGUUCAGCGGGCGGCUGAUGAACACGUGGAUGGACUCGCUGCAGGCCUUCUUCCCGGGGCUGCAGGUCCUGAUCGGAGACGUGGAAGAUGCCAUCUGCCUGCACGCCUUCUACUACGCCAUCUGGAAGCGCUACGGGGCGCUCCCCGAGCGGUACAACUGGCAGCUGCAGGCCCCCGACGUCUUCUUCUACCCGCUGCGGCCCGAGCUGGUGGAGUCCACCUACCUCCUCUACCAGGCGACCAAGAACCCCUUCUACCUCCACGUGGGCAUGGACAUCCUGCAGAGUCUGGAAAAGUACACGAAAGUCAAGUGCGGGUACGCCACGCUGCACCACGUCAUCGACAAGUCCAAGGAGGACCGGAUGGAGAGCUUCUUCCUCAGCGAGACCUGCAAGUACCUGUACCUGCUGUUCGAUGAGGAGAACCCGGUGCACAAGGCCGGCACCAGGUACAUGUUCACCACCGAGGGCCACGUGGUGUCGGUGGACCGGCACCUGCGGGAGGCGCCGUGGAAGGAGUUCUUCCCGGACGAGCACGGGCGCGCAGCCGGGACGGCGCUGCACCGGCCGGCGGCUCCCCACCUGGAAGUCUUCAACUCCAGCUCCAACUGCAACCGCGUCCCCGACGAGCGGAGGUACUCGCUGCCCCUGAAGAGCGUCUACAUGCGCCAGAUUGACCAGAUGGUCGGCCUGAUCUGACCCGCGCUGCUCUGUGGGCCACGCCCGGCCCCGCGUGAGGUGGAGGCCGGGGUCUGGCCGACCGCGCGCCGCCGGAAUCUGGCGGCUCCUCGCCCACAUCCAGUGGCGUCCUGCUUCCCUUAGUGUUUCUCUGUUCAAUAAAUGCCCUGUUUUCUUA